UGAGAAAUGGGAACCCGGCCCCCCUCCCUCCAUUGCUCUCAACGGCGUCGCGGUCUCCCGCCCCUUGAUUUCUGCAUCUCCGUCGGCAAUGGAAGCUCUCGGCUUAGCGGCGGCGAAAUCACCUCUCUUCCUACCCCGAACCUCGCCGUCUCCUGCCGCCGAGAAGCUCCCGUUCAAGUUCCAGAUACGAGCCACUCUCCCCAAAUGGAAAGGCGAUAUGUCCCUGAGACCGCCCUCCGCCACCGUCGCCGCCAGCGAGAAUGCCGCGACGGUCUCCCCAGCGGCACCACCGCUGCAUUCUACGCCACCGGCGCCGCCUCUCCGGAAGGUCUCGCCCGACUCUCUUCAGUACCCACCCGGUUACCUCGGGGCAGUGCCGGACCGCACGGCCCUGGGUGACGGCAGCGGCGAUGACAACGUCAGUGCAAUGGAGUACUUGACGAAUAUCUUGUCGUCGAAGGUGUAUGGCGUGGCCGACGAGACGCCGCUGCAGCUGGCGGAGAAGCUCUCCAAGAGGUGGGGUGUCAAUCUGUUGCUCAAGAGAGAAGAUAUGCAGCCCGUUUUCUCAUUCAAGCUCCGCGGGGCUUACAAUAUGAUGGCACAACUUCCAAGAGAGAAAUUGGAUAGAGGGGUUAUCUGCUCGUCUGCUGGAAAUCAUGCUCAAGGGGUUGCACUAGCUGCAAACAAACUUAACUGUAGUGCUGUGAUUGUUAUGCCUGUCACGACACCAGAAAUCAAGUGGCGUUCUGUUGAACGGCUGGGUGCUACUGUUGUUCUUUAUGGUGAUUCAUACGAUGAGGCCCAAACACAUGCUAAGAAACGGGGUGAAGAGGAGGGCCGCACAUUUAUACCUCCUUUUGAUCAUCCAGAUGUAAUUGUGGGACAGGGAACAGUUGGGAUGGAGAUAGUGCGUGAGAUAGUGCAGCGGGGGAUAGGUCCACUGCACGCAAUUUUCGUUCCUGUUGGUGGUGGGGGGCUCAUAGCUGGUAUUGCUGCUUACGUGAAAAUGGUUUCUCCUGAGGUAAAGAUCAUUGGUGUGGAGCCCUCUGAUGCAAAUGCUAUGGCCCUAUCAUUACAUCAUGGUGAGAGAGUGAUGUUGGACCAGGUUGGAGGCUUUGCUGAUGGUGUGGCUGUCAAAGUUGUUGGAGAAGAAACUUUCAGGUUGUGCAGAGAAUUGGUUGAUGGGGUUGUUCUUGUCGGCCGUGAUGCUAUAUGUGCAUCCAUCAAGGACAUGUUUGAGGAGAAAAGGAACAUUUUGGAGCCAGCAGGUGCCCUUGCUCUUGCUGGAGCUGAAGCUUACUGCAAGUACUAUGGUCUCAAAGGGGAAAACGUUGUUGCAGUAACUAGUGGAGCAAACAUGAACUUUGAUAAAUUGAGGAUUGUGACCGAGCUUGCAAAUGUGGGUAGAAAACAGGAGGCUCUGCUCGCAACUGUUAUGCCGGAGAAACCUGGUAGCUUCAAGCGGUUCUGUGAACUAGUGGGAUCAAUGAACAUCACAGAGUUUAAGUAUAGAUGUAAUUCAGAUAAAGAUGCUGUUGUCCUAUACAGUGUUGGCGUUCACACGGUCUUGGAACUCAAAGACUUGCAGGAGAGGAUGAAAGCUGAAAAUCUCAUGACUUACAAUCUCACAGAGAAUGAUCUCGUCAAAGAUCAUCUCCGUUAUCUGAUGGGGGGCCGAUUGAACCUGCCAAAUGAGGUCCUGUGCCAAUUUGUAUUCCCAGAAAGGCCAGGCGCUCUCAUGAAGUUCUUGGAUGCCUUCAGUCCUCGAUGGAACAUCAGCUUGUUCCAUUACCGUGGACAGGGUGAAACUGGGGCCAAUGUAUUGGUUGCGAUUCAAGUUCCGAGCAAUGAGAUGAAUGAGUUCCGGGAACGGGCAGAUCAUCUCGGCUACGAUUAUGCAGUGGUGACCAACGAUGAGGCUUUCGGUCUUCUGACGCACUACUGAUCCUCAACAUCUUGCCCCUUCACUUCAACCUCUAAAAGCUUUUACUGAGCUUUCCGUUGAAGAAGGUUUGGGUUGGAUUGACACAUUAGCUCUCAGGCAGUAGAGAAUAUGCAGAAGCAGCUUCUCGCGCCCUUACAUGCUUGCGAAAAUGCGAUGCCCUGCGUUCUCCCGGUUUUCUGUCCUGUACGGUUUAAAGUUCGGCUCUUACCCAGUGGAAUGAAAGUAAGGGUGUUCAUCUUCCUUUUCUUCCACACCCUCUUCUUUCUUGAGUAGCUUUUAAUAAGGAAGUUUGUAUCAGUAGCAGAAGUUUUAUGUUCGAUAUAGGAUCCCUCCUCUUGACAAAGGAAGUUGUCAAUCCAAUGCGAUGUUCUUGCAGUCA